UUGAACCAUGGGCGACUACAUGGGAGUCCAGCGACAUAGCCAUUACGCUAACUGCUGGUCCCACCUUAGAAGCAUUUAGAAUAGCACCAGGGAGCAGAAUGGCCUCGCUGGAGUGGCUGCAUCACGGACCUGGGAGCAACUCUACUCCUGUGCCGACCUGAGCCAGGUGUGGGAGGUGGCCCUGCCAAGAAACGGCCGUGAUACCUGGCCCUACAGGUUCCUCUGUAGCUUGGCCUCUUGCUCCCCCAUUGCCCCAUCCCUCACCCCAAACUCCCCAUGACUCUGAGGGUGGAGGCUUCAGCACAUGCCACCUGCCCCAGCCCCAGGUGGGGUGAAGACACCCAGAAAUCCUCUGGUGGGGGGCUUGCUGCUUCCCUCUCUGCUACUGUCUUCGUGUGUGUCUCCCCAGAUACCCCAUCUCUGUGGCUCCUCAUUCUGGCUCUGAGUCUCUACUCAUCCCACCAUGGUUUCCAGGACAGAAAAUGUCAGGGUCCCAAGGGUGUGUCCCAGGUGAGGAUAGAGCUGGUGGUGACAGAUGCAGAACCUCCCUCUCCACCCUCCCCACCCCACCUCCUUGAGAGUAAAGAGAGGGAGGAAGGGGGUCUUCAUUAAUGAACCUCUUAAUCCUGCCACAACGCCUCUUAAUGAGGUGGACGGGCCUCAUUAGAGAGCAGGGAGCCCUGGCAUUAGCUAGUUUGUCACACGCCUCUCCCAGGGCCAGCGCCUGGGUCCUCAGCUGGCCCUGGGGAAACUGGAGCAGGAAGUCUGGGAAACUUGGAAGGGCUGAACCUGGACUCCUGUGUCUGAGGGAGAUGAAGGCUGGGGACGGGACUCCUGGGUCUGUGGGUCUGACGGAGGAGGGGCUGGGAAUCAGGAGCCCCAUGUGUGAGGGAGCGGGUGGGGGGUGGCUGGGGGCCUGGACCUCUGGGUCCUGGGGAGCAGGGGCUGGGGGCUGAACUCCCGAGUCUGAGGGAGGAGAGCCCUGAGCCCAGAUCCUUCCCCCAGACCAACCCCUCUCUUAAAUGCCAGCUGGAGCGCCCCGCCUCCUUCCACCCCCAGUUAACCCCGGGCACAACCGGGGACAGUCGCCCAGACCGAAGGAUGGAGGAGGAGCGGGACAGACACGCGCUCGGUGGUGGCGGGAGGGAGGCCGUCGGGGCCACGAGCCCCCAGGAGCUGCCCCCCUCGCCGCCGUCACCACCACCACCCCCCUCGCCGCCGUCGCCGUCGCCCGCGGCACCGGCGACCCCGGAGCAGCCGCGCUCCGCUCCCCUGUGCGUUUCAGGCAUCAAUAUUUACCAGCCAGCUCCCGCUACUGGGCCCACCCAGCAACCCCUGGAGGCUCUGGGCAAUUUCCGCGGGUGGCACAUCAGCACGGAGCCGCUCCAGCAGAACCACAGCUGGACGGUGAAGCAGCAGUGUGUGGAUCUUCUGGCCGAGGGCCUAUGGGAGGAGCUGCUUGAUGACGAGCAGCCAGAUGUCACAGUCAUGGACUGGUUUGAGGACAGCCGACUGGACACGUGUGUCUACGAGCUGCACGUCUGGCUGCUGGCAGCUGACCGCCGCUCAAUCAUUGCGCAACACCACGUGGCCCCCCGGACCUCUGCGAGAGGCCCCCCUGGCCGCUGGGUCCAGGUGUCCCACGUAUUCCGCCAGUAUGGCCCCGGCGUGCGCUUUGUCCACUUCCUGCACAAAGCCAAGAACCGCAUGGAGCGUGGCGGGCUGCGGCGGACCAGGGUGACCGACUCCUCCGUGUCUGUGCAGCUCAGGGAGUGACUGGCUGUCCCUGUGCCUGUUCUGACUCUCAGUCUCACCUGCCCACUCCUCGACACCCCCCUGACAUUUGGCACCUUCUGACCUGUUAACAUCUCCCUAAGCCCUUAGCACCCUCGGUCCUUAGCAGCCCUUAGAAGCCCCUAACCCCUAGCAGCUCCCUGCACCCUUUGUGACCCUUCAGCACCUCCUGGACCACUGACUACCUCCUAGGCCUGAGUCCUGCCUGGCCCCGGGCUUCUCAUCUGAUGGCUCCACACGUCCCUGAACGUCCGAUUCGUUGGCCUUUCCCCUGCUCUUUCAGAGCUCCAUGAGGGCAGGGGCCACUCCUGCCCGGGGCUUGACAGAGUAGGUGCUCCUUAGAUCCUUUGUUGAGAGAAUGAACGAACUCACGUGCCCAAGCACUGAGCGCUUCCUUGGUUAGAAGUUCACUCAGAGGCCAGUGCUGGCACACUGGUAAUGCAACUAGUUGCACGUGGGAAGGCCCAGAGUUCGCAUCCUGAGACCUCCCAGUACCUCUGGGUGCCGGUGUGUGUACAGAUGCCAUGACCUGGUUGGGUGAGGCUGGGAGUGGACAGAGGUAGCAAGACUCUGCUGAGGGUGUUCUCGCUCUCUCUCAAAAUAAAUAAACUCUAAAAAUAGAACCUUGCUCAAUUUAUAUCCCAUUAACACAUCCUCAAUUCCUUUUUUUUUUAGAGGUUUUUGCUAUAGGGCACGCCAGAAAGACAGAAAGCAAGACAUCAACCC